AUGGUAUUGAAGCGAAAUGCAAGUGGCAUCAUGAUUCGAAUUGCAGCGAAGGUAGUUUCAAUUGGCGAGGGUGAGGUUGUCAAGGCCCCUCAGGGUUCAACAAGUGAUUUCUACAAUAAAAGUAUUAUUUUUAGUGAACAUGGUUGUGUCCAUAAGAACUUGGUUAUUGGUGAUGCGGCCAAACAUGGUGAUAUUAUAGAUUAUAUUGAUAUCUUCACUCAACCUGCAUUUGAGCAUCCACUGCUGAAGGAUCAUAAAAUCAAGGCACCAACAAGUGGUGAUUGGUGGUUAUUUAUUGAAAAAGAAGUGAUAGGGUACUGGCUUAAGGAGCUCUUUACUCAUCUAGCACAUGAUGCUUCUAUGGUUAGAUUCGGUGGAAUUGCAGGGGAAGUAUCUGGAGAACCAAGUCCGCCAAUGGGAAAUGGACAUUCUCCUGCAAAACAUUAUGACCUAACAAGGGGAGGUUACAUAAGAGAAACGAUGGUCUUUAAUGAAAAAGGAGUGCCAGUUUACUUUGAUUUUUCUAAAACACUAAAGAAACAAGAUACAACCAAGGAUUGUUAUGACCUUGACUAUUACUCACACAAAGCGUGGAAUCAUAUAAUGUAUGGAGGUCCAGGCGGAUCCAGGUGUGCUUAA